AUUUCAUGACUUGACUUUUAUGUUCUGUGUCUAAACAUAACAAUAACAUAACCACAUUAUUUUUUAAAUUAUAAAAGUAUGGUAUUGAAUAGUUUACUGAAAAUUAAUUAUAUAACAUGUUCGAAGGAAGUUUAAUUAUAAAAUACCUUUCAGUUAAAGAUAGUUUUCUACAUAUAAAUCCAAAUUUAAAAUUCUUAGAAACAGGAACUUAUGUUCGUGUUAAUUCUAUACAGGAAUUUUAUUUUUCAAUUGGAGAUGUUUCAAUUGAACUUGAAGAUAACUUUAUUGGACUUAACUCAUUAUUUGCGAAGAGUUUGAACAUAGAUAAUAAUACUCUAGUAAGAGUUUCGGAGAUAAAAAAUUUACCGAUAAUUUCUAGACUUACUGUGUUCCCAUUAAAUCCACAUGAAUAUGAGGUUAUGGAAAUGUUAGCUAAUAAUAUUCAAGACACAUUACUAAGCCAAAUAAGGGUAGUAUUUAAGGGAGAGAAAAUUGUUAUUUGGGUAGGAUCCAAUAUUAAUAUCACAGUGUGUGUUGAUAGUAUACAUCCUGUUUCACCAGGUGUGGUUGAUUUUCUAACAGAAUUGCAUAUUGAACAACCUGUCCGUAAGAUAGAAAAUACUGAGUCUCUUUCCACACAAACCAAAGCAUGCUUAAACAGCUUGGAUUGGAAAUUGUUUUCAGGUUUCAUUGAAACCAAUCCGGAAAACACAGUUCUCUCAAAAUACUUAACUAAACCGUCUGAGUUUAUUUGUAGGGUAAUACCUUUGAGUAAAUUACCAUUAUCUGAUAUAUUUUCAACAUCAAUACAACCUUUUACUGCAUUUUUAUCUAAGAAGACGAUUCCUGAAGAUCAAUUGUCUUCUAACAUUUGCCAAAUAAGCCUUGUGACUGAAGAUACGAUAAAUAAAAAACUUUUUGUUAAAUUAAUAUUUUUGGAAGACAUUCAGGAGAUACAAUUAAAAUCAUUCAACGAACUUUUUGUGGGACAGGAGAUUUUUGAUAUAUAUGAAUGUCAAUUAGGAGUAAGAGUGGUAUUAGAACCUAUUGAAAAACCUCCACCUGUAAAUGAGAUUCAUAUAACUGCAAGUAAAAAUUAUACAGUGGAUAUAUUAGAAGUUUUUAAAAAGUACUUGGCAGAUGGUAGUGAUGAAACUUUUGUACUAAACAGUGAAAUACCAAUCGAUAUUGGAGAUAAUAUAAUAUGUAGUCCUAAGUUCUACCCUGAGGAUUCAGAGUUUUGCGUUGUUGAUAAUAAUCUGGUGAGAAAUUGCAAAUAUGUUUUAAAUAUAGAUAAUAUUCAUAAAAUUACACAAAAAGAAAAUCCAAUUAGUAUGCCAAUUUUAGAAGACAUAGCAAAUGUUAAGAAGAUUUUAAAUGAUUCCAUCAAAGCUAUUACUGAUAUAAGUACUGACAAUGUUUUAUUAACAGGUAGAGCAGGAACGGGCAAAUCAACAAUUCUAAAUACAGUUGCUAAAUAUUUAAGUAAUUAUCCUUACUUAAUUUUUACAAAACAUAUAAACUGUAAAAGGAUUAAAGGUAAAACUAUGGACUCUCUGGAAAAAUUCAUGUCAGUGACUUUCUCGGAGCUCAUUUUACAUCAACCAUCUCUGUUAAUCCUAGAUGAUCUACAUAUUUUAUGUGAAAAUGCGUGUGGUGAAGAUGAUGCUCCAAAUAAUUUAUACUUCAACAGGAUUAGUGAGAUGCUGUACAUUUUAUUAAGGCGUGUAACUGGUGUUAACAAAAUUAACAUUUUAGCUUCUUCUGAAAAUACAGAUAAACUAAACAAAAAUAUUUAUUCCUCACGCGGAACUCAUUUAUUUAAAAAUAUAUUUUCUAUUGAAGAUUUCGUGAAGGUCGAUAGAAUAGCUGCUCUAAAAUUUUCUCUAAAGGAUUAUAAAUUGGAAGAUUAUAUUAUGAAUGAAUUAGCUAUCAAGACUGAAGGAUUUGUAUUUCAGGAUUUGAUCAAUUUUUGUAAAAAAAUUGUCUUUGAAAUCUACAAGCAUGGACCACCAAACAUCUCUCCAAAGGUGAUUAAACCUGAGUAUGUAGAUGUAGCAUUGAAAAAUACAUAUGUAAUGGCUUUGCAAAACAUACAGUUCCAUUCAGCAGGAGAAAACGAUUUCUCUACUAUUGGUGGUUUAAACAAAGUUAAGGAAGUUUUGUUGGAGAAUUUGCUUUGGCCUGGUUUGUAUCCUAAUAUUUUUUCCAAUGCUCCGCUACGUUUACAAUCUGGAUUAUUACUUUUUGGACCUCCUGGAACAGGAAAAACACUUAUUGCUGGAGCUGUUGCAAAACAGUGUGGAAUGAGGUUGAUAUCCAUCAAAGGCCCAGAAUUACUGUCAAAGUACAUUGGAGCUAGUGAACAGGCUGUAAGGGAUACUUUCCAGAAGGCUCAAAGUGCAAAGCCUUGCAUUUUAUUUUUUGAUGAGUUUGAUAGCUUAGCUCCCAAACGUGGUCAUGAUAACACUGGAGUGACCGAUCGAGUUGUUAAUCAACUACUUACACAGCUAGAUGGCGUGGAAUCGUUGACAGGUGUAUGUGUUUUGGCAGCUACUUCAAGACCAGAUCUUUUGGAUUCUGCAUUACUUAGACCGGGAAGAUUAGAUAAACAACUUUUUUGUCCCCUACCAAAUGAGGAUGAAAGAUUUGAUAUUUUGAAAGUGCUUUUAAAAAAUUUAAGUUUAGAUGACAAUGUUUCACUGGAUGUUAUAGCUAAAAAAACAAAUAAUUAUUCUGGUGCUGAUCUGCAAUCUCUUUUGUAUUGUGCCCAUAUGCUUACUAUCGAUUAUACAUUCGAAACUGAUAAGGAUAUAGUUAUCGAUAGUAAAAUAACCCAAACCCAUUUAGAAGAUGCACUACAAAGAACCAAACCGUCCUUAUCUAAUGAAGAAAGAUUAAAAUAUGAGAAAAUAUACGCAAAAUUUCAAAGUGGUUCUAUCACAGAAGAUUUUAAAACUAGUAGCAAAGCAACACUAGCAUAAAAUAAUUUGGAGAUAAAUUUAAUUGUUACUGGAAAAAAAAUGUUAUUGUAUUUUAUUUUUUACUUUACUUUGAAGAAAUGGUAGAACCUCUCAUAUUAGAUGAUGAAGGGAUCGGGAUGAUGGAAAAAAUUCAUUUCCAGAUAGGAAAACAGAUGUGUCGAACUAUAUUUCAAUUUUCUUGGGCUCAUAAAUGUUGCCAUACACCUUUUAAACAUAUACUGUUUCUAAAUUUAUUGAGAAGAUUGAUAAAAUACAUCAAUUUUACCAAUCCACCUUUUUGCUUGAUAUAAAUUCUUAGCAGCAUGACUAACGUUGUCAAUUUCGUCUUUAUUCGAAUCGAUUUCUUUGCACAACAAAAAAUAGAAAAUCGUAUACGACAGUAUGAGAAAAAUAGAAAUACCUAGAAAAAUAAAGAAGAAUAUCGAUGGAGCUUACGAUGGAGAUUGGGGUAAAACAAGGAGACGUCUUGGUACUCUUCUAUUUUUCUUUGUCAUGGAGAGGAUGAUAAAAACAACAAAAGAGAGAAGAACUAUAAACUGGAGGCAAUAAUCGGCUGCAGAAACCUAGAACCGGUAGAAAUAAAUGGAUAUAGUAAUCGUAGUAGAUAGAAAAUGGAAGAAAAAGUAGAUAUAUAGAUAAAGACAAUAAAAGACCUGAAACUGGAAGUAAAUAUCAUGGAAUGUAGAAGGAUGGUAGUAAAUCAAAAAAGAAAACAUGGGGACGAUUUAAUAAUGAAAGGAUAAAGAAUAGAUAGAGUGAUCGCUCUAAAUAAGAGAAUCAUUCGGAAAGAAGAGACUAAGACAAAAAUAAAAGUAUACGACUCAAUAACAGUACUUACGUUAAUUAAUGUAAACGAACAAAAAAACAGCUGCUGAGAGGAUGGAUAGGAAAAGAAAUGAGGUAAUUAAAAAAAACUCAAACAGGAACCAAACUAGUUCAAACAGAAGAAAAAAGAUAUUAGAAAAGAAGGUAAGGAAGACCCAGGAAAACUCGGCUACAAGUAGCUCUGGAAAGAGGAGGAAAGGGGAAAACAUUAAGAAAUUGAAUAAAAUAGUAAAGGAUCGGAAGGAGUGAGAAAAUGGAUGAGAGAAAAAUUAGUCUGAAAAGACAUGAAUUACAGACGGUGUGUGUGUGUUAUCGGGAAUCGGUUGUGGGACUGUCUGAUAUGAGAGGUUCUGUAUAAUGGUUGGUGAUUUUAUCAUACAGGUGGGUCAUAAAUUUUUAUACUUUUAUAACCGGUCUAGCAUCAGAACCGUGCGGGGGAGUGGGGUCAGGGUUCCUUGUCAACUAUUUCGAUCGUAUUAUAUAUAUUAAUGUGUAAAUGGACAAGUGAAGACACCAUGGAACAAGUAUACUAGUCUGUGCGGGUUUGUCUACGCGCACAAUGGCGACGUUCAGAUGGCGAUUUGGCGAUACCCCAGAAAAAUAUGGAAGUUGAUCCCUUUAAGAUACAGUCAAUGCAAUACCUGAGAGAAAAUGAUUUAAUUUUAAUGAAAAUCUUUGUAGAGAUGAAGUUCGAGCGUUUUGGCAAAUUUAAUAAAGUUUUCUUCUCGGAGGAACCUUGUUUCACUUACAUGGGUAUGCCAACAAAUAAAAUUGGAGAUUUUUGAGAAGAGAAACACCUAAAUUAAAAGACGACAGAUGUGACAGAUGUUUACAUUCGCCAAAAGUGACUGUUUGGGCGGCAUUAUUUUCAAUGGGUUCAAUAGGAUCUUACUUUUUUGAAAAUGCCCACGCGACGAUUCAGUAACUCGUAACGAGAUUUUUUAACCACAGUUACAUCAUUUUGGGGGGUGGAUCAAUAGAACAUGGAUGCGGCAAAAUGGCGUAACUUGCCUUACUUACAACGAGCUUACGCGUUGUUUAAUAAACAAAUUGAUCUUACAUUCCAUGACCUCCGCACAGCCCAAACUUAUCUCCAGCUCAAUACUUUUUUUGGGGUUUUCUUCGACAUCGAUUCUACGUGAAUAAACCAAGAUCUAUACUCCAGGCCGUUUCUUAGAAAUUAUUUUUGGUUUCAUUUCAAAUAAUCAUUUGUUUGACUAAAAUGUGUUUUCUUUUUUAAAGGCAAUUUCAGAAGUGCCAAAAUUUACGGCCCACCCUGUAUAAUACAAAAUUUGUUAUUUUGGGUAUUUAUGUAAAUUAGUUGUUAAUAAAUUUUUACUGAAAAA